GAAACUCAACCCCCUCCAAAUAUCUCUUCUUGUAGACCUUCUUUGUCUUGAUUGAGGUGUGAUCACUGUAUGCAAGCUGUUGAGGCAAUUUUCUGGCAACCAAAAUGUUACUGGAGGAAUUAGAGGACAACACAGAGGUGGCGGAACAGAUAGGGCCAUUAACACCAUCACCUUCAUCACAACCGACUGGUCCUGGAUUCGAAUUUGAUGUGUUUUUGAGUUUCAGAGGAGCAGACACCCGGAUGGGCUUCACUGGGCAUCUCUACGAAGCCCUUGAGCUGCGCGGCGUUUCCACCUUCAUAGACAGCGAUAAGUUGGAAAAAGGGGAGGAGAUCAACGAGUUGUUUCAAUACAUGGAAAGGUCCAAAAUCUGUGUCCCCAUCUUCUCUGAAUGCUAUGCAGAAUCAAAGUGGUGUUUGAAAGAGGUCACCAAAAGUGUGGAGUGCCGGAAGGAGAUAAUCCCGGUGUUCUUUGGUGUGGAACCUUCGGAUGUCCGCAACCAGACCGGCCCCUUCAGAUCUGCGUUCGAGGAACAUGAAAAGAAGCUGAACCAAGAGGAGGUUAGGAACUGGAGGGAAGCAUUGAAGAAAGUUGGAAGCCUCUCUGGCUUCACUCUCAAGGACAUGAACGGGGACGAGGCGAAGCUAAAACUUGCGAUAGUUAAAAGGGUGCUAAGUAAAGUAAACAAAAUGGCGCUUGAAGUCGCAAAGCAUCCAAUUGGAAUCGAAACUCGUGUUGAAGACGUGAAGAGAAUCCUAGAGAGCAGAAAAAAUGAUGUUCACGUAGUUGGAAUUCAAGGCAUGGGGGGCAUUGGAAAAACAACGAUAGCCAAGGCGGUUUAUAAUGAGUUAAUCGAAGGGUUUAAUAACGCCAGUUGCUUUAUUUCGAAUAUCAGGGAAAAGUCUGGACCCCAGAAUCUUGGAUUGGUCGACUUACAAAAGCAAUUUAUUGGUGAUGUUUUGAAAGAAAAGGAUACAUCCUUAAGCGAUGUUGCACAAGGAAAAGUUCUGAUCAGAAAAAGGGUCAAUCGUAAAAGAGUUCUGCUUGUCUUAGAUGAUGUUGAUUCAGUAGAACAACUUGAUGCAUUGGCUGGUGGGAGAGACUGGUUUGGCUCAGGAAGUGUGAUAAUCAUCACAACCAGAAAUGAGGAGGUGCUGCUAGCCGGCAACGUGAAACAAGGUGAAAUUUACAAGCCAGAAAAACUGAAUGAAGCUCAGUCUCGACAACUAUUCAUUCUUCACGCAUUUAAUGGUGGUCGUCAACCACAAGGAGAGUUUGUCAACUUAUCAAACGAAGUUGUUGCAGCAGCUGGUGGGUUGCCCUUAACCCUAGAAGUGAUCGGAUCACUUUUGUCUUCCAAAAAGAAUGUACAAGAAUGGAAAGAUACAUUAGAGGAGCUGAGAAGGAUUCCCCCCAACGAAGUCCAACAGAAGUUGAAGCUAAGCUAUGACAGUUUAAAUCGCUUGCAGAAGAAAAUAUUUCUAGAUAUUUCAUGUUUUUUUAUUGGUUGGGGCAGACAAAGAGCUACUUACAUGUGGGAGGAUUGUCGCUGGUGCCCCAGUGCAGCAAUUAGGGUACUUGUACAAAAGUCUCUCGUAAAGAUAGAUGAGGAAAGUCAAGAGUUCGAGAUGCACGAUCAAAUACGAGACAUGGGGAGAGCCAUAGUUGAUGAAGAAAGCUCUGGAAAGCCUCAGAAGCAGAGCAGACUAUGGAAUUCUCAAGAUUGUCUGGAUUUUCUGCAAGGGAAGGUGCCAGGGACUAUCGAUGCCGAAGGGCUUAGGAUUGGACCAAAUGAGAAAAGGUUCUAUGGGGAAAGUGUGAGUGCCCGAUGCUUUGGAGAAAUGCGCAACCUGAGAUAUCUUAAUGCUAAGCAUGUAAACUUCCAUGGCAUAUUCCAGAGUUUUCCUGCUUUGAAAUGGUUGCAGUUGAACAAUUGCCAUUUUGACUCACCACCUUCUGGUUUUAAUCUCAACAUGGCUGUCAUCCUUGACAUCUAUAAAACCAACAUAGCCCAAAUUCUCAUAAACCAAUUGACAAAAGCAGGAAAGGCCUUUGAAAGAUUGAAAGUUCUCUCAAUUGGUGGAGCAGGAGUAACGACAACGCCUGAUUUCAUGAAUAUUCCUUUCCUGAUAAAGUUGACACUUGAAGAAUGCCCAGCAUUGACUUCAAUUAAUGAUUCUAUGGGAAAGCUCAAGAACUUGGAUUACUUUUGCAUAAAAGAAUGUCCUAUUCUAGAGAAGCUACCUGAUUCAAUUUGUCAAUUGAGUUCACUUAAAGUCCUUCGUAUUAUUUCCUGUUCCGUGAUUUCCCACUUGCCAGAAGAAUUGGAGGAUUUGGAGUCACUCAUGCAGCUUGAUAUUUACGGUGUGGAUAUCAAGCAAAUUCCUGAAUCAAUCAGAGAGCUUUCAAAACUUCGUGAGUUGUCUGUGGUUAGGUGCAGAGACUUGAGCAUGCUACCUGAUUCCAUUUGCCAGUUAAGUUCCCUUAAUGUCCUUGACCUUCGUGGUUGUUCUGCUUUGGCUUCUUUGCCAGAGCGAUUGGGAGACAUGGGUUCACUGAGGAAGCUUUUUCUUAGUGAAGCAGGAAUAGUCAAGAUACCUAAUUCAAUAGGUCAACUUAUAAGCUUGUGUGAGCUACAUAUGAUUCAGUGCACAAGACUAUCAAUGUUACCUGAUUCCAUUUGUAGGAUAACUUCUCUUGAAAUCCUUGACCUUCAUAGUUGUUUUGGUUUGACUUCUUUGCCAGAGCUAUUGGGAGACAUGAGAUCACUCAAGAAGCUUGUUCUUAGUCGAACAAGUAUAGAGAAGAUACCUGAUUCAAUAGGUCAACUUAUAAAUUUAUGUGAGCUACUGAUGAGUGGGUGUCAAAGACUAUCAAGGUUACCUGAUUCCAUUUGCCAGUUAAGUUCUCUUGAAACGCUUGAUUUGGAAUGGUGCACAAAACUUUCUUCCAUACCAAACCAACUAGGGGAAAUGCAGUCAUUAAAGAAACUUGAACUUACUUUGACAUGCAUUGAGACCAUACCUGAUUCAAUUGGACAGCUUACCAACCUCUGUUUGUUAUCUUUGCAAUGUUCAGCAUGUUUGAGAGGCUUACCUGAUUCCAUUUGCCAGCUAAAUUUGUUGGAAUCCCUCAACCUUGGAGGGUGUUUCUAUCUCUGCUCUUUGCCAGAAAGAUUAGGGGACAUGGAGAAGCUGAAAGAGCUUAUUCUCGACGGUACAAGAAUCCAAGCAUUACCUGAUUCAGUUGGACGACUUAAAAACCUCUGCCUGCUAUCUUUGGAAGACUGCAAGUCCUUAAAAGCAUUACCUAAUUCAAUCAGAGAAUUGAGCUGCUUACAACAUAUCAAAAUGUCUGGAACAAACUUAAGGGGUUCUGAGAGUGGCAGUUCUCAUCUUGCAGCCUCAGCUGAAGUGAGUUUUUCAUCAUCUGGUCAGUUGCUUGGCUUGUCUGGAACAAACUUAAGGGGUUCUGAGAGUGGCACCUCUCAUCUUGCAGCCUCAGCUGAAGUGACUUUUUCAUCAUUUGAUCAGUUGCUUGGCUUGUCUAGAACAAACUUAAGGGGUUCUGAGAGUGGCACUUCUAAUCUUGCAGCCUUAGCUGAAGUGACUGUUUCAACUUCGAAGUUGCUUGAUUUGUCUGAUGAAUCUCGCAAAGCCUUAAAGCAUCUUCACUUGGCUGAUACUAGGACUGAAGAGCUGCCUAAUUGUAUUAAACGGAUGAGAAACCUUGAGGAGUUGCUACUAGAAUGUGAAAUGCUUAGAGUUUUGCCCAACUGGAUCGAGCGAUUCUCCGAAAAACUUACGAAGUUGGAGGUUAGCAGCAAGGAACUACAAGCUUUGCCUGACUGCAUUGGAACACUCAAACAACUUAAGAAAUUUAGUCUUGAGUGUGAGAAUCUCCAAGCUCUACCUGGUUCCAUCGGAGGGUUAGAAAUUCUCGGCCGCCUGAAAAUUGAAUCUGCAAAUCUGAGAGCCCUACCGUUCUCCAUUGCUUCACUAGGAAGGCUUCAAUAUUUGUGGCUACGUUGCACGAGCUUGGAAGCUCUACCUGAUCCUGUUGGAGAACUAAAGGAACUUGAACACUUUGAAGUGUGGUCUGAUAGUCUCAAAGCUCUACCUGACUCCAUUGGGUCACUGAGAAAGGUCUCCAUUUUUAAAUUAAAGUGCCCAAAACUUGAAGCGCUACCUGAUUCCAUUGGAAACUUAGAAAGUCUUUUAUUCUUUGAAGUGAGAUCCGACGGUCUCAAAUAUUUGCCCAAGUCCAUUGGCUCCCUAAAAAGGAUUCAAUAUUUGUUAUUGAACUGCAUGAACCUUGAAGCUUUGCCUGGCUCUAUGGAAACAUUGGAGAGCCUUAAGGAUUUAAAAUUGCACUGCAACAAGUUGAUGGUUCCACCUGAUUUCAUUGGACGAUUGGAAAAUCUGGUGAAGUUCUCAUUCAGGAGCAAAAAGCUAAAACAGUUGCCUGCAACAAUUGAGUCUUUGGGGAGUCUUAGAUCUUUAUCUUUAAGGGGCUGUGAGAACUUGGAUGAGGUAACGGGAUUUGCUGACCUCUCAUCCUUACAGUCCCUUGAUUUGUCAUACUGCAAAAGCCUUGAGUAUAUUCCUCAGCUUCCCUCUUCUCUGCUCUGGCUUGACGCUGCCAAUUGCACCAAUUUGCGGAAAACUUCAGAUGUUUCACACUUGAAAGCUUUGGAGAACUUGAAUUUGAGGGGCUGUAAGCUGCUCGAAGAUGUGCCUGGCCUCGAACAUAUCACGAACAAGCUCGAAGUGCUGGGUUUGCCUGGUCCUUGUGAUCUCGUGGGGUGUUGCCACCUUAGUAAUGAUUUCAAAAGGAGAGUGCUCAAAAAUAAGGAGGUAACUUUUGGAAGUUUGAAAGAAUUCGAGAUGUCAGGGUCUGUGGUGCGAGGGUCAUCAACAGGACAGCAGCAACUACACUUCAUGCUCCCGAGGUUGCCAUUUAGUUGGCUGAGGGGAGUGCAGCUGAGUCUGGGACUAGACAAGGUUGUCUCGCCCGUCCAUGUAGCGAUCAUGGCCGAUGACACUAUUGUGUUUCAGAAAAUUGUUGAAGUCGAGGGCACCACAAUCAAACUCAACCUCGGAGAGGAGAGCUUCAUGAACACAGGAGAGAGAAAAGGGGAGCAUUGCUUUACAAUGCAGGUGAUAGCAGAUGUGUCUGAACUGCAAGAUGCCAUGGCAAUUCUCCAAUACUUGAAUGACUUUCGCUUUCUGUCACAACAUUUAUUUUAGAUGGAUGGUGUUUGCCUUUGGAAGAAGCCCUCAAAAGGAAGUAGUUCGUAGCCAUCAUGACCAAUGACAUAUCAUUCCUUAGAAAGCUGCCGAAGGAGAGUAUUGUGAAUACCGGGAGCAUUGUGAACAAAGUGCAUGGAAAAUUUCAACUUUGUUUGUAAAGUUUGGCUUCAUUCUCACUGCAAUUAUCAUGAACAACAUUGCUUGUGACCAUCUGAUGGAUCUAAAUUGCAACAGCCAUACAUUUCUUCUUUUCACAUAUAAGAGUGCAGCAGUCAAGGAAGUGGGCGAUCCCACAUAAUGAAUCCAAGUUGAAUCACUUACAUAAGUCCAGCGGAGAAGCAUUCUGCAUCGA